AAAAAAAAUUAAUCAAAAAAAAAAUUUAAAAAUGACAAAAUGACAAAAAUAUCUCUGAACCUAAAAGUACGUGGAAAAUAGAUUUUCAUCACUAUUUAACGGCCAAAAUUAACAGAAUGAUCUCGGAUAAAUUUUUUCCUUAGUAAAGUGAGCUGUUAUAGAAAUAAAUUUGAUUGAUGACAUGUAUUAAAAUAUUAUCUAAUAGUUUAAUGACUUGUUUUGAGGUUCACUCAAAAUAAAAAAAAAAUUGUGGUGAUUGUAAAUUUGUAACGAGAAAUAGAUAUAUAUUAUUUUAAAUUUUGGAAAAUACUGGUAAGAUGUAGACGGGUUAGAUUGGUAGUGGGGUCGGGCCCUUCUGGCUAAUUUCAUUUCUCCCUCUUCCUCCCUUAGCUCAUUACUAAUCACUCAUCAACCCAGGGCUUUUUUUAUUUUAUCUUUAUUGUCUGUAUUUUAUCUCAUCGUCUUUCUUCAUCACCAACAAAACCAGAGAUUAUUAUCCAACUUCUAAGUUUGUUUCGGUCUUUGGUUGCUCAAUAUCAUCUUCGUAACCGGCGGCGAGAGCUUCUUCCAAUUAAUAAUAACAAAUUAUCAACAAAUUAAAUGUCCAAAAAAGGAACGGCGGCAGCUCUUCAACAGGAUGUGCCGUGGAGGGCUUCCUCCUACGGCGCCGCCCGGCCAAUCCCUAAAAUUCACCACUCCCCUGUUCUUCGUGUCUCUCAAUCUCCUUAUUCCGAUUAUGCACUUUCCGUCAUGAAGCACGAAAAUCCAAUUGGGAAUGGGUUAGGUCGGGAGGCCAUAGUGGAAGCUGCUGGUCCAGACUGCAUUGUACCUGGGCAGGCUGUGCCCAUCAAAUUAUUGGGGCUUAAGGUUUCCUACUUUUCCACCUCCUUUUCUUUUUUUCUCUUGUUUUGAUUGUGCUUCUUAAUUUUUUCCCCGUCUUUAUCUCUUGUGGUUACUAUUUGCAAUGGUUAAAUAUUAUGAAAAUCCACAUUGUUUCUUUUUCCUUUUCCCCUUUUACAUUAUAUGUUUUUUCCUGUGUUUUACCCUCUUCAAUAUGGAAUAGAUUAACGAGUAGAACUAGAGAACACAGAUAAAGCUUUUUCCUAAUUAAUUCUAGUUACAGGUUGAUAUGCUUUGAUGAAAACUUGUGAAAAUGAUCAUUUCCUAUUUUAGAGGUUCUUUAAGUCCUGCAUUGAUGAAUGAUGGAAGCUCAUAAUCAAUUUUCAAAGUCUAGUAAUUUUAUACUACUACAAUUUGAUCCUUUGUGGUAAUUUUGCUUAUUUUCUUUGGUAGGUUUGGCCUAUCGAUAUAGACCUCAAGUUUAUGGAACCUGUUGGACGGGAGCUCAAGUCGAUUGGAAAGGUGCUGUUGCAAUCUUACACUCCAGUAUUUUGUUUGGCAUUCUGUCAAUUUUUUUUACUAGCUUUGAUUUCCUUAUUAUGCAAUACGAUCCAUUUUCGCUAUUGAAAUAAAGUAUAGAGAAACUGUGGCGCUUGUAUUACCGUAUUAUAGGAAUUGAGUUUAUGAUCUGGGGAGUUUGUGUUAGCUGGAGACUGUAAGUACACAUACUGCCAUAGCUUCUGUAGGGAAAUACGCUGGUACUUUUAGGACAUUGAUGCUGGAAACUGAUAACUAGAAUGGGUAGUGAGCACCGUAGUUUGAAUUUACUAAAUACAUAUAGAAGUCAUGCUUGGAACUUGGAAGGUUCCCUAUGUAGAAGCAAUUAGCUACACCACAUCCGGACCCAAGUUAUACAUGGCCUAUACUUGCAGACAGACCUGAUUAAGAGCUGGCAACUUUUAACUUCUGGUUUAUAGCUUCCUUGCAGUCCUGAUUCGGAUUGGUAAAGUUUAUUUAUAACUUACUUUUUCCUCCUUAUCCUUGAGAAGUCAAUGCCUCGGAUAUUUCAACAGCACAUGCAGCACGUAGUUUCCGCCUGUGUUAGAUGUAUUUUACAUAUAUUUUCAAUAAGAUUAUGAGAACAAUGCUGUCUACCUCAUGACUUUGAGCCCUAUAAACACUAUGAUAAAUGUUUUAACUUUUGCUUUCUAUUUUUUGUUUUUUUUUUUUUUUUGUUUUUGGGUUUUGCAGUUCAUGGAUUCUGCAGUUGAUCUUAUGAACAAGUCCUUCAUUGACCGCUAGCGUUUUUUGAGCUGUGACCGAAUACACUUGUCCUCACAUAAACCUUGCAGAUGCAACAAGAUGGGAAUCUUUAUUAUCUGCCUCCGGACUAGUCAAACUGUAACUGAUGAAACUCUGCAAUUUUGUACACUAAGAGCUACUCAUGGAGAAGGAUUUGUUUGUUUCCCUCUCCAUCCACUGCCCACUGUUCAGAGAGACAACAUGAAUUUCUGAAGUUGAUUGUAUCAUAUCUCAUUUUUUACUUCAUGUCACAUCCUGAAGUUGCACCUGAAAGAACCGACCUUCAAUUCAGUUCAACUUUGAGGAUUGGAAAGACUAUACUGAUCCGUCUAAAACUGUAAACACUACACAAAAUGUAACUAAUCCACCAGUAGAACUUAGAUGUGUUCACUAAUUAACGCGUUACAGGAUAUACAGCCCCAUUAAUAUUAUGUUCUAACUAUGAUUUCAUACUGGGAAUGGCUCUUGAAGGCGUAAUAAACCCCAUGUCGGGCAGCCGCACGUGAUGAUGGUUGCAUUCUAAUGGAAAGAUUAAAGGGUGUAGGCCAUGACCAUAUCCAGUUUACCUUUUUUUCUGCAAAUACGAUCACAUAAACA